GGUGCGGGGGUUGGUUUCCUGGGCUGCAGCUGAGGUUGCUUAGUCUUCAACCCCACCCCCCCCCUAGUUCACCCCAUUUACGGGGCCAGGUUACAGCCGCCUUUUGUGGGUUCGCAUUCUUGCGAUUGGCGGAUUCUUUUUGGAAAGCCCACGAGGCGGCUACUUAUCUGCAUUGACUAGUCAGGCAGCCAGCUUCACUCUCUUCUCGCUCGCUCGCGGCGCUCCCGGUUGUACCUGCCGCCUCGCCUCGGGCUGGGCAUCGCUGGGCAUCUCUGGGCACUUCUGCUCGCUCCCUCCUUCCUCUCUGCCUGGCUGCCCGAGGCGUCUCUCCCUCUCUGUCUUCCGAGACUCCGCUGGCUUUCCUCUGUAGCUUUGCUCCUGACGCUUUUGGGCACCUGUUGUGGGCAGGGAAAGCAAAGAUGAAGGUCCUGGGACAUAAGAUAGAGUUGUUAACAGGGCUGCUGCUCCAGGAGGUGACCAUGGCUGGGCUCCAUGAGCUACGAUUCACUGAAGAGAAGCCGCUGCUCAGAGGGCAAGACACUGAGCUGGAGAACUCUGAUGCCUUCCUCUCAGCUGUGGACACGGACUGGAAGGUAGGGCCAUCCAGAGGGGGGCAUUUCUUGACAUCUCUCACAUCCCGGCUUGCCGAGGAACAUGACAUAGAGACCCCAUAUGGCCUUCUCCAUGUGGUGAUCCGGGGCUCUCCUAAGGGAAACCGCCCUGCCAUCCUCACCUACCAUGAUGUGGGGCUCAAUCACAAGCUCUGCUUCAGCACUUUCUUCAACUUUGAAGACAUGCAGGAGAUCACCAAGCACUUUGUGGUGUGCCACGUGGAUGCCCCCGGGCAGCAGGCGGGGGCAUCACAGUUCCCUCAGGGGUAUCAGUUUCCCUCAAUGGAGCAGCUUGCUGCAAUGGUCCCCAGCGUGAUCCAGCACUUUGGGUUCAAGUACGUGAUUGGCAUUGGGGUUGGAGCCGGAGCCUACGUGCUGGCCAAGUUUGCCCUGAUCUUCCCUGACCUCGUGGAGGGCCUGGUGCUCAUGAACAUUGACCCCAAUGGCAAAGGAUGGAUUGACUGGGCAGCCACCAAGCUCUCAGGCCUGACAAGCACUUUACCUGACACAGUUCUUUCUCACCUGUUCAGCCAGGAGGAGCUGGUGAACAACACGGAGUUGGUGCAAAGCUACCGUCAGCAGAUCAGCAAUACGGUGAAUCAGUUCAACCUUCAGCUCUUCUGGAACAUGUACAACAGCCGCAGGGAUCUGGACAUAAACCGGCCUGGGACAGUCCCCAACGCCAAGACCCUUCGCUGCCCAGUGAUGCUCGUGGUUGGGGACAACGCUCCUGCAGAGGAUGGGGUGGUCGAGUGUAACUCCAAGCUGGACCCAACCAAUACCACCUUCCUGAAGAUGGCCGACUCUGGUGGACUUCCCCAGGUCACACAGCCCGGGAAACUGACUGAAGCCUUUAAGUACUUCCUUCAAGGCAUGGGUUACAUUGCAUACUUGAAGGACCGAAGGCUGAGUGGAGGCGCAGUGCCAUCAGCCAGCAUGACCCGUCUGGCCCGGUCCCGUACUGCCUCCCUCACCAGUGCCAGCUCAGUAGAUGGCUCCCGCCCCCGGGCCUGCACCCACUCGGAGAGCAGCGAGGCCCUGGGCCAGAUCAACCAUACCAUGGAGGUGUCCUGCUGAGGCCCCUGUUGCCUCCCUGGAGAUGCCUCACUCUUCUCCCAUCGUCAACGAAUCACCACCCGGCUGCCGUCCCUGUUGCCUGCCCACACUUCCUUGGUUUUAUUUGGGGGGAGGGGGAAGAGGGGUUUACUUCUUUGGUUUUGUUUUGUUUUGUUUUUUUAAAAAAAGGGAAAAAAAGAGCAAAGAUAACUAUUCCAAGAAGGAGGAGAACCACCCUAAGAAGCCACAGCCCACCAGUCUCCAAAGUGUUCAGGGAGUUGAGUGACCCCAUUUGUCAUCACCUCCCAGGUCAGGAACCUUUCCUUCCUCCCCGAUGCUUCAGCUGCAGGCAUUUGGGGGCCUCCCUGGGGAAAGCUGGGCCCAUUCCUUGGGUGGAGACUGGUCCACCUUAGGACUUUGCCCCUUCACCCAGCCCACAGAUGUUCCCCCAGGCUGAGGAAGUCACGCACAAGAUUGGACCUUCAGUCCUGCCUAACGGUGCCCUCCCAUAUCUGCUUGGGCCUUUGGAUCCAGGAGCCUGGGGAAACAUCCCCUGGCACAGUUUGCUGAGCUGUGUUAAGAUCCGUUUCCCUAGCCUGGUUCUGGUCGCACAUCAGUAAAACUUUUCACAAAGGGUCUGUAGAAGUGGGAGAAAGCUCAGCAAAGUCACUUCCUUUUGCCCUGCUGUUUCCUCUUUCCCCACCCCCAAUCUUGGACCUUCUCUCAAACUGGAAGUGAGAUUGUUGAACUAUCAGCCCACCCCGGGGCAGCAUUUGGGUCUCCACAGUACUGAGUAGAAAAGAGGAAAUCUCGUCCUAGUUGGGAAAAGCACCGGCCCAAAGAGCCUGGAAUGAUUCGGCAGCAGAGGAGUGUUCUAAGAGGAGAUAGGCGAUCCACCGCCCAAAGCCAUCAGCAGAGAGCCCAGGAGCCUUUAUGUCCCUUCCAUGUACUUCGAGAUACAUAGAUAGAUAGAUGUUUAAGUCUCAUUGCGUAUGUGACAAUCAGCGAUAACAGCCCAGAGUUUGAAUUGCGCCUCAACACCCUCUUUCCGCCUAAGGGCGCCAUUGCAAGGAUGGCCCGGGGCCCUAUCCCAAGAGGCUGCUGGGCCCCUGUGGACUCGGGGCCUGUGCUAGCAUGCCAGUAGUUUUUGACUUGGAUAGUCAAGUCCCAUUCCCUGGACAGAUGGGCCCCAGGAUAGGAGGUGGAAGUUUCAUUUCUGCCCCAAAAGUGGCUUGGGAUCAGUAGACCUGGGGCACCUAAUCAGAUAAGAAAGUCUUUAGAGGCCUGGCUUGUCUGUGGGAAGGGUGCCAAGAGCUUCAGGCCUGGUGGGAGUGCUUCCAAUGCUUGGGAGGAGGAGGAGGAAGAGGAAGUGAGCUGGAGUCAGCCCGACCUGCUGAGACCAGCCAGAUCCUCUGGCUGAGGGGCUUGCUCUCGCCUGAGUCUUCUGUCUCCUGCCUUCCCUUUCCCCUAGUUUUCUUUUGGGCUAGGUUGGUGCUGCUGCACUAAUUACUCCUCAUGUCUGAUUCCCCUUGGUUCUGGUAGAAGGAUGCAGCUCGCUCCCACGUGAGCUCCUUUGCUGAAAUGGGCAUGAGGUGUUAUGUAGAGGGCUGGUAAUGUCAGAGAACAGUAAGCGCUGAAAAGAUUAUUCUUUUGCCCAGGUCAUACCAUGAUUAGGGAGGGUCCUGAGGGAAGGAUUCCCUGUGAACAGCCUUUCACUUCCUGCCUAAUGAUCAGUCUCGGGCCAGGUGUCCCCUAAGGGACGUGCAGUCUUCGCUGAGUAGCGCACCACUCUCUUCAUGAUCUGGACGGCUCUUCUUCCCUAUGCCAUCCAGAGAUCGAGAAGGCACUGACCAGGAUUCCAUGGGGGUGGAGGAUGGGGUCAGUGUGCGGUAAAGAGACCCUGCUCGUCUUACACCAAGUAGAUCACCCUAAAGUUUGUCCUCACAGAGAGGCAUCAGGAAGGACAUGCUUUCUGCACAAGAUGAGUGAUUUUUCUCAAUACCCCUUCAUCCUAUGUCUGGCUAGAGAUAGAACCAUGAUGUCUGUCUACAGCUGGCCCAAGCUCCUGAGGUCAUGACCCCACAUCUUAUCCCAAACUCCCAGGGUUGGUCCAGGUGGAUGGCUUGUGUCAUGGAAACAGGAACUACAAAGGAGUGGUUUCUGAGCAGAAUAAGGAAGGGGAGAGAUAGAGCCUGGUCGUGGGCAGAUCCUUUCCCAGCUCUUGAAGCUGGUAGUCUGAGGCCUGCCUUAGCAGGAGGGAAGCAGAAAGGGGAGCUAAACACUUAAGCUCGUUUUACCGGAAGCCUAAGGAAAUGACACUGAAGAUCCCACAGGCCACUAAUGGUGAGAAGGGACGGGAGACGGUAGUAAAAAACGAGAGGGCCUUGGACCCUGGGUCUCUCCCCUGGUUCUAGGAGAGCCAGGGUUUGUGUGCAUCAGAAAGCACACACCCAGUUCCACUUUACACACAAUCUGGUUUAAAUAACGUUAAGCCAUCUUCAUAACCACCCUAGAAACUGCAAAUAUGCUACUGUGUUCCCAGCUCCCUUCUCCCGCGUGCUUCCUUUGAACAUUAAAUGUGAAUGUUUGAAAAGCUGGUAGAAAUAAUCCUUUUUACUGUAGCUAGUGCUGCAAUUUUCCUUGGGUUCUUGGUGCGUUCUUUAAGACGAGAUAUCUAUAAAUAUCUAUACAUAUUAUAUAUAUAUAUAUAUAUAUAUAUAUACAUAGGGUCUCUCUGUGUGGCUUUCUGUUGGAGGUGGUCUGAUUAUAUGUUAGUUUGCUCUCCCCCCCCUUUGGUUGAGGUAAAAUUUAAUGGACUUCCUACUUCUCUGUACAAGGUGAAAAACCUAUUUUUGUGCAUUAUGGUGGCUGAUGCUAAUAUCUGCAUCGAUGCCAUGAGACUCUGAGAUGACCACAAAUGUAAAAUGAAUACAAACCCUUGUUGUAGAAAGAAUUAACUGUGUUGAAAAACUAAUAAACUAAGAGUGUCAGUGUGGUUGUG